AUGGGAAGUGUCAACAAGCAAAUCUCGCGCUUCGAAGUCACAGCGGUCUAUACCCAUCCGCAGGCCACUGCGGACAUUGUCCUGGUUCACGGCCUCAACGGCCACCCAGAGAAAACAUGGACGGCUGCCAACAGCGUGUUCUGGCCCACCGACCUGCUCCCAGCGUCUCUGGAGCUGAAAAACCAGCAUGCCAACGUCCUGGUUUACGGCUACAAUGCCGACGUCUACUCAAGGGGCACCAACACCCCCAGUAACAACUUCAUUCACCAGCACGCCCAGUCUCUGGUCACCUCGCUUACAUCGUUCCGCAAGAGUGAAGGGACCGAGAGACUGCCGAUAAUAUGGGUGGUGCACAGUUUGGGAGGUAUAGUAACCAAAAGGGCACUGCUCUACUCGAAUGAUAUCCGAGCCCAUCAGCAAGAAGACCUGCGCUCAGUGUUCGUAUCUACGUACGCCAUCAUCUUCCUCGGCACCCCACACCAAGGCUCAGACUUGGCCACCUGGGGUCGCAUGCUCCAAGCCAUGUCGGACGCUGUGAUUCCCCGGCGCUUCUUUGAAACCGAAUCCGUCCUGCUCAAGUCACUCAAGAAGGACAACGAGACCCUGCAGGGAAUCAACAACCACUUCCUCGACAUCUACCAGCGUUUCAAGAUCCACAUGGUGCAUGAGAACCAUACCACGGAUUUGAGAGGAACAAGGGCGCUCGUGGUGGAUGCGAACUCGGCUAGUCCGCAGUUGCAGGGCGUGAUAUACUAUGGGAUUGAAGCGACACACUCGGGCAUGUGCAAGUUUGAUGGACAGAACGCGCCUGGGUAUAGGAAUGUGUCAACGGCCAUUACGGAGUGGGUGGCGGUGGCCAGGGCAGUCAUUGAUAUACGCUGGGAGGCAGAGGAGGAGGAGCGGAAGAAACGUGCGGCGGAUGAGUACUAUGAGAGGAGUGUGCAGGCUAUGCAGUCCUACCAACGCUCGCAUUCGCCGGGUUAUAGCAACCAGCAGUUUCCCUCCAUCGACAAUUACAGUAAUGAGACUCUUCUACUUCAACACCGCCCUCAUGGCAACCAGAGACGUCCCAAGCUCUUAACGCCUUUGCCGUCGUCUCCGUCACCAUCCACGUUGUCCACACGCGAACCUACGUUGGUGUUGGAGCCGGGCGUCAUCACCCCUAGCCAGCCCGUUGAUGGGAACAACGACGAACCCAUCACCACUACUACCACCAACAUCCAACCUCAACCACAACUUCCAGCGCCCCUUACACCCCCACAACCAAACUCACCUGCAGCACAAACCCACCGUCACUCCCAAACCCAAACCUCCUCCCUUGAACAGGCAGAACCCCUAUUCAUCCACCCCGACUCCUUCCGGCCCAACUCCUUCUUCGUCGGCCGCGAAGACGAACUCCGCGGCCUCCACGAAAUGCUUCAAGACCGCCGCCGCCGUCUCGAAGGCACCUCAGCCGUGCUAAUCCAAUGUCUCCCCGGCGGCGGCAAGACGCAUCUAGCGCGCGAAUACGUCUAUCGCUACCGCGACCACUACCCCGGCGGCGUGUACUGGGUGCGCGCCAAGAGCAGAGGGGAGGUGGAAUCAGGUUAUUGGAGGGUUGCCAGAAUGGAGAUUAUGCGCAGUAGUACUACUACUGAUGCCACCUCCAACAACCACGUAACAAGUUUAGGAUUGGGAUUGGAAGCCUUGAGGGAAGAUGCAAAGACCAUGGUGCAGGUAGUCAAGGCGUGGUUUAAUUCCCACAGGGACUGGUUGUUGGUGUUGGACGGGAUCCAGUUCGAUAUCCCAGGCUUGUCAGACUUCAUUCCGGAUGCACGACACACGAGUAUUAUCUAUACGAGCACGGAGAGGGCGGUUACGGGCGAUCCGAGGUUUGAUAAUCCGCAGGUUAUGGAGUUGGGAUUGUUGACUCCCAGACAAGCAGUGGAACUGCUGUUGACCGAAUUGGACCGGAAGCCUACUGUUUCUACCUCCUCCGCCAAUAAUACGGGAUAUAAUGGCAACGACCGAAAACAUGGAGGGUGGAAAGAUGAAGAAGAAGAGAAACGAGCGCUGGAGCUGGUUAAUCUGAUGGGCAGGUUACCGCUCAUGAUCCAUGUCGCGGCGCAGCAUCUGAAAGCGACGAGGGAGCCGUUGGCGAGGUAUCUGGCGGGGUGGAGGGCAAGUAAGCCAAAGCAGGUGGGCAACUUGCAUGCGUAUAAGAAGGUCAGGGAGCAGUUGGAUGCGAGGGGGAACGUGGCGGCGUUGAAUUUGGUGGGGGUUUUGGUGUGGUGGGAGCAGUUGGUGCCGGUUGAGAUGGUGGUUUUUGGCCUCUCAGCUUUAUCUCGUGAUGCCCCCGUCAAAACCUGCGAUGCGUCCCAUAGGAAGACGACGCUCAACAACACCCUCAAAGUCCUUAUCAAGUUCGCCCUCAUCGAGCGGACCACCGAGUCCCACGACAGCAUCACACCCCUGACCCGCAGCGCUAGCACAGUCAGCUCUCGCACUUCCGCCAACCGCAGUCUCGACACUCCUGGCACGAAUCAACACCGGAAUUACAGUGACUCCUCUGAUUCGCUCGACCUCUUGCGGAUUCACUCCGUUAUCCAAGCGUUUUUCAUCGAGACGCUGGCGGAGGAAAAGACGGCCGUGGCUUGGAUCGAGAGGGCUGCGGCGGUUUGGUGUAGGUCUUUUGACGAGGCGCAUAGGCGUAUUGAGGCGUCUAGAAGAGAAGUUGGAGAGGAGCACGCGAAGUUUGAGGGUCCAAGGGUGGGAGUGCCGGAUGAUUAUAGGAGGUACUGCAUCCAUGGCCAGAAGUUGCUGCAGAAUAUUGAGAGGUUUGGCAAUGAGAAGAGGGAUCCCCAAAGGAGGUUGGAGAAGUGGAGAUGGAUGGUAAGACAGAGGGUAGAGGAGGCCGGGAGGGGGGUGGAGGAGCUGAGUCGGCUGGAGCGGUUGAUGGGGGUUGAAGAUGUGGAGGUGGUAAGUGUGUUUGAUGGAAAUAAUAGUGGGAGCCAGGAGGGUAGUAGUAUGUCGGAAACAGAUUCGAAUGAUACGACUGCGCCGAGUCAAGAGAGUCAAGAGGAAGGUCACGUCGGUCCGGGAAGCUGGGAGAGGGCGUUUGGGGGCGUCGCGGUAGAUGAGGGGUUCACGCCGAUGGAGUCGCCUAGUAGUUACCACUUCUCGACUGCUUCGGGUCGUCGGAGGCCGUCGAACUUGACGAUGACGAUAGCAGGUCAGGCAGCUUCGGGUCCGUUCUCGUGGAGGGAGAGGGGGAUGGAAGCCACGGCGCCGUAUCCGACCGAAGGAGUGAUGCCCCCGACUCCUGGACUGGAUAACAAAAUCAGAGGUUUGCGGGAAGACGAAAGGACUGUGGCCCCAGCCGCUGUUUCGGCUUAUUAUGAACCUGUUGACGAACAUUCUCACGAUGAAGUUGACCAAGCAGCCCUCACACCUAUCGUCGAAACCCCGAGUGUUUACACGGCCCUAGACGGUUUGGAGAUUCCCACGCCCGCUCUUGAAACAGGACUCUUUGAGGAGUGGAACGCCGUCGUUCCCAACCACCGCGUCAUCAAGAAGCAAGAAGCCCGUCGGUAUCACGACCGUGCCGGAGCCUGGAGAGAUGUCAAAACUGUCGGCGAUCCAAGAGUGGGAGUCACGCUGGAUGUGGCUGUUGGAUCGUUGGCUGGGAAGCCCGCGACGGGUGCAAGUACAAGUGUUGUGCCUGUAUGGCCACCGCGUAGAACAAGGCGGGUGACGGCCCAGACACAGAGUGAAGCGCAGCUGGAGCUGAACAAAAUUCGACAGAAGGUCGCGGGCACGCAAGCUGUUAUUGCUCAGGCUCAGGCUCAGGCUCAGGCGGUUACUGACGGAGGUCUUGGAGGAUUCGGUGAUAGCUUGACGCCGCCAAUGCCGCCUAGGAAGAUGAGUGGAGGGGGGCUGUCUGCCGUGAGCGAUCUCUCUCCUCCUACACCGUCAUCGAGCGGGUUGCUUUCUCCGGGUGGAUGGUUGAAGAGGUUGAGGGAGGGCUUUGGCUCGAGUGUGCAGAGUGUACCAACGGCGGUUGGUUCCACAUCGCCAGGCAUGCCUCAGGGUCAGCAGCUUUCUCGAUCAGCGCCGCAGGAAGAUGAGCUUAUGAUCGUCCCUGGUCCUAUCUUUAGAGGAAGUCGAACAUCCCGCUCGAGUCCGGCUGACCUUAUCUCCUCUCCUUUUCCACCUCCUUCUUUUGCUGCUACUGCUGAUCUCGAUGAGUCUUUGGUUCGCCCGUCUCAAGCCGCCCAUCGAUUCUCCGAGCCGUCAAGUCAGGUCGAUUGGAAUCAAGACGCGGAUUAUCUCUCGUCUUCCCAGCCUGCUGGUCCUUUACCCCAAUGGGAUCAUUCUCCGAGGUAUACGACCCUCGGACAAGAGCCCAAUCGACCCACAAAUGCGCCGCCGCCGCUACACCCUGUUACCGGACUGCCGUAUACCACGGUUGCGACUCGUCCAGGGCCGUCACCACUGAUAGUUCCCGGUGCGGUCCAGGGUCAAGUUCCCACAGGAUAUACUUCCCAGCCGAUGUCUAGGGAUCCGUCACAUCAAUCGUCCGCAUCGGGGAUCGGGCAAUCAUCUGGCGGAGCAAGUGAUCACAGUCCAAGUCCGUUGUCGUUAUCGGUGCAGAGUGUCAAAGGGUUCUCGUCAUCUUCGCCAAUGUUAACGGGGACAUCGAAGCCUAGGCCGAUUGUGAACACUGGGAAAGUGGCUGCUGGAAGUCCUUCAUCGGGGAUGAGCAACAACAGCAAUCCCACAGUUCCCGGCACCAACCUGAAUGCAAGUGGCAUGGGCAACAGGCCUUCAUCCAUGCAGCUGCAGAUGCCUCUGAUGCCCAUCAACAUCAACGCUACUGGGUCAGGCGCCGGUCGACUACCUCAGAAGAUUCAACAACAGCAGCAGCAACACCGACCAGCGUCGUACACAGAAACCGAACCCUCGCCUAGGAUGGAGAGUGCGUGUUCAGGUGUUGACACGAGGUAUUCGCGGUGGGACCAGAAUCAGAUGCAUGCUUAUGGCCAUCAUCAACAAGGUGCUUCGGCUUCCUACCAAUCUCCCACGGCCGGUGACCAUGUCCAUAAAAAGCUGCCAACUUCCACCGGUCCUGGAACGACGGCCACCACAGCAUCUUCGACUUCAGCCCCCCAUCCACAACCAGCGCCCACCAUCCUCUGGCGGAAUCUGGGCAGAGGGUUAACGAGAAGGAAGACAAAGGAGCGGAUUCAGAAUGUGCUUGGUGCGAAUAGCGGCCGAUCGCAAUCCGUGAGUCCAUCUGCCUUCCCAACUAGAUCACGACGAGGGAGUGGACAGCAUUCUGGAUCAGGGCAACAACAUCCAUUGGCGAGUUCAGCCACUUCAACCACUACUGCUGGAAGUGCAACGCAAGGCCAGGAACAUGCGAGAAGUCCAGAUUUGAUGGCAUCUAUAUCGAACAUGGGCGGACAGUUUCCUGGCACUCCUGCAUCUGCCGUUUCUAUCAUGCCGUCUACUCCAGCACAACAAACCACCAUUGGCUCACUCUCCGCGGUGGCUAGCUCACCUGUUACUCCAGCUCCUGGAUCAAUCCCCUUGCUGCAGUAUCAAGAACAGCGAAGUUCAUCCUCCCCAGCUCUUGGAACGGGAGUAGGGGCAGGAGCAGGCAUCCUCCUCAGCGACGGAACCAUCUUCCAGUUUCCUAGCAGCAGCGGUGUUACAUCACCUUUCACUCCAGUGACUGAUGUCAGUACUGGAUCCCCUGUUGUUGGUCGACCGACGGGACAAGAACAUGGUUUUCCGCCGCCUGGGUCGCCGGUUGCUUCCGGAUUGGCAUGGGAACUCCAGCAGUCACGUUCAAGACCGAUGGCCACGCCUAUUCAGGGAGGAGUUAUGAACGCUGGGCUUGGAACGACACCUAAUACCUCCAGCAUGGGACCGCCAACCAUGCUGCCCACGCCCCCGACCGCUACGGGUUUGGGAAUCGCCAGGAGGAAAAGGAUUGUUCAUCAGCUGACUUCUUCUUCGCCUGGGUUACAGUCUCCACACCCAAAUCCCAAUACUCCUCCUUUGAAUUCCUCAUUGCCUAUGUUACCCUCUGGAACUCCGUUGGGUUCAGUGCCUCGAACACUUACUUCACCUGUGCCCUACGUUCCUGCUUCUCCCAGAGUCCCCGGUGCGAAUCCCAAUGCUGGCACAUCUAGUCCUAUACCUGGUGCUGGUAUUGCGAUUACAGCACGAGGAGGGGUUCGAGGAACAAGGACGAGAGCUAGAAGCGGAAGUAGUCCUGGACCUUGGAGGCCUUCGACAAUGGCGUCCAUGUCAAUGGGGAGUUUGCAUAGGCCUUGGAGUCGUGGACAUGGGGUGAGUGGAACUGGUUCUGCUUCGCUGUCGAGGUCUGACAGUCCGAGUGCGGGAAGAAUUGAUGCUGGGAGAGGGGGUUCUGGGUAG